AUGAACGACAAGGCGACCCGAAACAGGUCGGUGGCCAAAUCCCUCGCAGCCCACGCGCACAUGUCAGCUCUCCGUCUGUGCAAGGGAGCCGUCCAGUCGCCGCCGCUGGGGUGCCGCUGCUGGCUGCAAAGCAUGUUGUGGCUGCGGCAGGGGCAGCGUGUUCAUCUCCUGCCUUCAGGGCACCUGCUGCAAAUACACCUUCUAGAGCAGGCUCCAUUAGUCGCUGAUGAUGUCACCAUAGAUGAGGUUGAGGAUGAGGAUGACACUCAAGGAGGUGAUGCUAGUGGAAGAUCUAGGCAGAGUAGGAGUGAGAAGAAAAGCAGGAAAGCCAUGGAGAAGCUUGGCAUGAAGGCCAUUACUGGUGUGAGCCGUGUAACUAUCAAGAAGAACAAGAGCGUUAUGUUUGUCCUCUCCAAGCCAGAUGGCUUCAAGAGCUCAAACUCAGAUACCUACGUCAUGUUCGGGGAGGCCAAGAUUGAGGACCUGAGCACUCAGCUGCAGACACAAGCGGCGGAGCAGUUCAAGGCGCCGAGCCUGAGCAGCAUCAUCUCGAAGGGCGAGCCGUCCGUGGCAGCAGCCCAUGACGACGAGGAGGUCGAUGAGACUCGUGUCGACAAGAAAGAUGUUGAGCUCAUGAUGACGCAGGCCUCCGUGCCGAGAUCCAGGGCCGUGAAGGUGCUCAAGGCUGCGGGCGGCGACAUCGUCAGCGCCAUCAUGGAGUUGACUAACUAG